AUGUUGGAGAGUCUCGAUCUCCCAGACCUUAUGAAAAUGGGACAGACAUGUCGCAUGCUAAGGCUGUUUGCCGCAGAUGUUACUCAACGACGAUUCAGACACAUCAUCAUUCCUUUCACUGGUGACAGGCAUGCUGAUUUCUUGAGGGUGUUGCGACAGACAGGGUCAAUCAUCACAGGUUCUUGUGUGCUACAAAUGUUAUUGGGAGAAAUAGAGACUCAGCCUCGGGAUUUAAACCUCGUAACUCCAGCAUCAGGGUUCAAUGUGUGGCAUGAAUUCAUUACUGCAGGUUUGCAGUUGCCCCGUGUCUCCAAGCGAUGCCACAAAGCGAUGCAAGGAAUUGUAGCACAAUUCGGCAAAUAUGCGGAUCACUCAUGUGUCAUCAUGGUGUGUGCCACCAGAGUGGAUAUGGACAUUAUGCACAUCAUCUUGCAUGCGCCGUCUACAGCAGACAUGAUUUUGAUGACUGCAGGGGGUCUAGUUUCCUUCUAUUUUGACAUGACACUGCAGCAACUGACAGUGAUAAGUCAAACAGGCGAGCAUGUGCAAGCCGGGAAAAAGCUCGGAAGCAUCAGAGAGAUUGUCGAAACCUUUGGAGUGGAAAGAAGUACAAACUUCCUUGGUUGGCCAUGUGGGCAACUUUGUCCGACAUUUUGGCACCAGGGGACAAAUAGCAUGUUCUGCCUUGCUGUCGACUGGAAUGCCAAGGAUUCUGUGCGGGUCGAGCAAAUGGCUGUUAACUAUGAGGGCACAAACUGUGAUUAUGACUUAGCUGUCAAAUUUACCACAGAGGAAUUGCAAUGUCGUCGGCCUCGUUACUUUUGGUUGUGUGACAGAUUGUUUUAUGGUGGACGAUGCAGACAGCCAUAUGUGGUGCAAGUCCCUGUGCAUGAUGGGGUCAAGGGUCUCCCUAUGCUGGACGAGUUGGAAGUGAAUACCUGGGUCCAGCAACGGGACCCAGACAGAUCAACAUUCUCUCAAAGAUGUUUGCGUCAUACCUUCCUUUCUGUGCCAUGCUCCGGCCUUGAAUUGAAUGCACAGUACACAUUUUACUUCGAAGAUCCGGAAUAUGGGUGGCCCAACAACAAAAUGCUACAGAGAUUGGCAAGGUCAUGCGGGUUUCAAAGGGAGCUGACAGGUAACCUGCUUGUUGUGAAGCAAAAGCGAGGCAAAUCACGAGGGUUCUUGCCUGUCAUGCUACAAGAUGCACCAACCAUUAAUUUCCUCAUCUGCAGUGCAUGGGGCGGUAGAGGACGUCGCCCAAAGACGAUUGCCGAAGUCAGUGGGUUGAAUUAG